AUAAAUUGUAAAUGUCUUUGGGAUAUUAUGAUUGGUUGGUGAAAGUGAUUGUUUUAGGUGACUCAGGAGUCGGAAAAACAAAUAUUUUAACAUAAUUUUGUGAUUCAAAAUUUUCUUAAAACUAUACUGCAACAAUAGGAGUAGAUUUUAAAAUUAAGAUUCUUAAUGUACUUUGAUAAUUGAGUAAAAGGUCUAAGAUAAGAAAAUAAAAUUAUAAAUUUGGGAUACAGCUGGAUAGGAGCGUUUUAGAAAUAUUACUUAAACCUAUUAUAAAGGAGCAUAUGGAAUAAUAUUUGUAUAUUCUUUGGUUGAUAGAAACUCUUUUAAUAAUGUAGAAGGUUGGAUAAAAUCGAUUCUUGAGAGUUCAACUGAUGAAGUGUAAGUGUUAUAGAAUAAUAAAAAUAGAUGUUCAAUAUUGGUAGGAAAUAAAUUAGAUUCUUAAGAUAGAAGAGUAUCAACAGCAGAAGGUGAAAAGUUGGCUCAAAAAUAUAAUAUGCCAUUUAUAGAAACAAGUGCUUUAGAGAAUAAGAAUAUACGUACAAACAUGAAUUGUAUACAUUAGAAGAUAUUUUCGAUAGAUUGGGUUAAAAUCUGAAGAUUAGAUUAGAUAAUGAAGGUUAAAAGUUAUCAAACAAUAUGAAUACAUAAUCUGGAUAAUUUAAAUUAAAUCAAGAGACUAACAAAACCUAACAACCGUAAUCCAGUUGUAAUAGCUGUUGAAAGAAGUUGUGAUAAAUUUAUUAGAUAAUUAAUAAUUAAAUGAUAA